AUGAAAAUUAUUAAUAAUUUUCAAAAAGAAAAACUAAAUAAUCAAGCAAAAAAUAAAUUAAUACAACAAAAUUUGUCUUUUGAUGAUUUAGACGGAAUAGAGCCAUCAAUUCCAAUAGAUUGGUUAAAACCUAAGAAUGAAGAAUUAAAAAUCACAAAAAGGACAAAAAAUGGAGUUCGUCCUUGGUCUGCUUAUGCAUUGUUUUUUCGUCAAGUACAAACAGAAAUACGUUCUCAAUGUGGAAAUAUUUCUUUUGGGGAAUUAUCAAAAACAAUUGCAAAUAAAUGGGAAAAAAUGGAGAAAAAAGAGAAAAUGGUUUACACUGAACAAUUAAAAGAAUGUAGACGAAGAUUACUUCGAACAAAAGCUAAAGUUUAUACUUUUCAAUUAAUCUUUGGAGAAGGAAAUAAUAAAAAGGAAGGAAACAACAGAGAUUAA